GAGCGUUGCACCAUUUGUCACGCGCAGACGCGUGCUUGCGGUGGCAGCGGCCGGCUGCCUCUUCCUUUGCCAUCGGCGUGCCGCAGUCCAACGUUCCUUCUGCGUAAAGUGGACCAUAAAGGGGCUUCAGAAUCUCCUGUUCGUCGCCUUCGCGUCGGGAGCUCGCUGCCCAAGCAAGCCAUGGAUCUCACCCCUAGCAGUCGGUCGGAUGGGAGCCACACCACCGACAGCGAGUCAGGUCUGCUCUUCGAAAGAGAGUGUUCCCAGAUCUUCGAAGAGUCAGCUGCACUUCAAGAAAGUGCCUUCAGCUCCAGACGUCAACUCCUCGAGACCACAUCGGAGCCAGGCGCCCACGAAUCGACAUCAGACGAGCACGGCAAGCCUCCAGAUAAAACAAGCGAGGCGGUAAGGGAGACCUCUCAUGCUCAUGAAAAUGGCACUGGACAACCCAAGGAAAGAGUCUGUCGCAAAAGCCUAGACUUCAUCCUCGGAAAACCAGGGGGAAGGAGGUCGAAACAGCGAUCACACGUCAAGCCUAGCCCAGUGCCGUCUUUAGGGCUCGAGACUUCCGAACAAAGAGUGCAAUGGCGAUGCAGAAGUCGGUCAAGCGAUGGCAGCCCUAAGGUUUCUGGUUGCAUAAAAGCCUCGAGUCAGAAGAUUGGGAGUGGCGGUGGCGGGGCCUCCAGUACCUCUUCCGCACCAUCAUCCUGGGAGGAGUUUCCGGACAGCGGUUGUGUAAGUGAGAGCAGCAGAGACGGAUUUAUGCCCCUUUUUGAGCUCGGCAUAGAGAACAAGGAACCGCAGCUACCGAGUAGCUUCGACAUGCUUUUUCGUUCCCCGCUGCACAUCAGUCCACUAAAAGCAGCUCUAGACGAUUUGUCGUCGUCGGCAAGCCCAGCUCUUGGCCGCAGUCACGAUUGGGAGGAUCUUUCGAGCCCAUUCUUACCACGUCCAGCUUUGAAAGGCUCCUUCAAACGUCCAGGAUCACCAAGCCGUCCCCUCAGGAUGCAGGUACUGAGGCCCAGUUUCGUCGGCAAUAAGAAAGUGAUCAGUUUCAACGAGCCGCGAUGCACGCCCAAGGUGGACAGUAUGCCACGGUCCCUGUCUGCGGCCGACAUCGAUACUGCCUUGAAGCAAGCAGACAAGGAUCCCAGUUUGAUCGGAAACUUUAGCAAGAAGUGCGCACUGCCACUUGUAGAAGGCGCGGCACAUGACCUCAAGAUGAUAACGCCGUCGACUCUAGCCGAUCUGAUCCAAGGAAAGUACCAAUCAGUCGUGGACAACUACACGGUCAUCGACUGCCGCUACCCAUUCGAAUACCUCGGAGGUCACGUGCAAGGGGCCGUCAACGUCUUCGAGCCUCAGGAUCUCUUGGGAGCCUUCCUCGAUGAAACCUGCCUAAGUUCUUCACACACACGCCACGUUCUGGUGUUCCACUGCGAGUUCUCGUCCGAGCGGGCCCCGAAGCUUGCCCGUCUACUGCGCCAUGAAGACCGACAGCUUCACAUGGACGUCUACCCGGAACUGCGCCAUCCGGAGGUGUACCUGCUGCAAGGGGGGUAUAAGGCCUUCUACGAGUUGUUCGAGGACCUCUGCGAGCCCUGCGGCUACGUGCCCAUGCGUCACAAGGAUUACGAGGCACAUCUGUGUGUUUACCGCGGACAGGCGAAGUCUACCGCCAAGCGCCGCAAGGCCCGUCAUGUCCGCACAGCACUGUGCACACCUUCGAGCCAGCAUAAAGAGACACUUCAAUAGCCAAUACAGUGAACGGGAUUCGUUGAAUGCGCGACGCAUUUGAAGGUAGAGCAAUUCAGGGACUGUAACUGAGCGCAACAGCGCAUUAUUUUUUUUAUAUUAGGUGAAAUCAGCCAAAGCAAGCUGCAUUGCGAUGGUAACAAAAGCAAGGCCCACCAACCUCCUAGACAUCAGCACGUGUAUCGUUGUGUGCAUUCAUCUUUAGAGAGCCAAAUGAAUCUCAGUACCGGCCCAUCUUCUGCAAAUAGACAGGUGCACGAGGUGGCAAGUGCUUAGAACCCUCGCGUCAGUUUAUUUUAAUAUUCGCCCUUGUGUGCUAUUAAUACUCGUGCAUCAUCAUGAUAGAUUUUUAGAUAUAUUUUUAUGCUAUUAUUUUUUGAAAAUUUGUAAAUUAUUAGGCCUUCACAUUCUCGCGUUGAUCCGGCUUUAUAACUCCUACUCUUCGUCAACGUUUCGCAUAUCUUUGACCUGCAGUAGAUUACCAAAUUAAUUGCAUUAAGUGAACUCGCAAGUACCGAAGGAGGUUAUAUAACGCCUAUUUAUUUCUAUUUGAUCGGGCGCCUGUCGACCCGAUGGCGAUACUGGUGCAUUUAAACCUGAUAAAAUAUGAUUUGAUGAAUAACAUUUGGUGUUCCCGACUCAGCUUAGCCUGUGAAGCACCGUUUGAAUAGGUAACUCUUGCAUACCUAUAAUACGUGCUGACGUCAGCAAAACCACGGUGGUUUAUAGAAUCGAAGCCACUCAGCGCUGUGCGGCCAUCAGAGGUGAGGUAGUUCGAAUUGUACCGAUGUAACGGUUGAAUAGUGCAAUCAAGUGAACUCUUCAUUGUUGAAUCGUCGUUUUUUGUUUGGUGGUGUACAGUGAACAAAAAUAAAUAUGCGAAUGAGUGAAAGCAA